AUGGCGCCGCCGUCGUCGACAUCUCCGACGUUUCCUCCUCCAGAUCUCUCCGACAGGCAGGGGCAGCGUUCCGCUGUUUUUGUGUGUGUGUGUGUGAAUCCCGUUGCAGAUUUCAAAUGAUUUUGGCCCCUUUUCUCUCUUUGAUUAAUUUCGUCCCUUUCCAUUUGUUCUUCGAAGGGAGGCUGUUCUUAGGAAGCCAAAGAAGGGGCCGCCGUUUAGAUUCCUGGUGCCCCUAAUCUAUGCGCCGAUUCUCCCGUUGAGUAUGUUGUCCUCGCUGUCGUUCUCUCGAUCUCGUUAUCAGCCUUGUUCUCGCUUCUCCUUUCUUCAGCUGUGCUGUUUUCCUAAUUCGUACUGAUAUCCGUGUUCCUGGAUGGAGAAAAGUCCGCAUCAGCUUGAGGAGGAACCCGGUGUUGAGGGAUCGGCUCUUCUACGGCGUCCUGGCUGGUGCCUUCGCUCAUGGCACUUAUCUGGUGUAUCCUUUUCGCUACUUCAACCUUUUCCAUUGAUCCACUUGGCUGUUAAGUCUUCCUAUGGUUCAGCGCUACUUGUCGAGUUCGGUUAUCUUUAAUGCAUGGAUACAAUUAGGAUCAUACAGCCUUAUGUUCAUCAUUUGUUCCCAGUUGCCUCAAUUUUUGUGAUUUGCAAAUGGAAUGUCUUCUUCUUCCCCAUUAUUUUAAGUUUCUCCCCUUUCUUCUGGUGAUUCGACUUUCAUGCAAUCAUACAUAUAUAAGCCCUUUUCAAUUUUUACUCAUUUAUCUGACGAGUUGCCAAACGCAGUCAUACUGGUGGUUCCCUGCAUUGUGCCUAUCUGAAACCAGUUUAGGUCGUGUGGAAGACACCUUUCUCAUAGUCAGCUAGUUCUCUGACGGCUAUGGUUCCAUUCGUGUAUAUUAUGCUUGAACUGAUUGAAUCUCCUUGUUCUGGAAUGGCUUUCGCUACCAUAUGAAGUUGAUUUUGGUCUUCUUUGACCUACACCUUCAUAAUGUUCAGUGUUCACGUCCCUUUUGUUCUCGGUAUAUUCCACCCAAAUUGAUCGCUCAUAUCCUUCUUUGACGCUAACACAAAUAGAAUCUUCUCUAUUUGUGUUAGCAUGCGUUAUCAUCUGCGAAUUUUGAUGAGAGUUUCUUAUUUCUAUAGCCAGGUAGUUCGCCAUUUUACAAAAAAAGCAUUAAAAAUGUAAAUCUCUCGUGAGAAUUGAUUACUCAUCAUUAUUGACACUCCUUUUCCCUUUCAUUGAUAUGGUCGGGAAAUAUCUAGAUGAUUGUAAAUUUGAUCGAACUGUUGAUGGCUAUAUUUCAGACAUCGGCCUGCUGGAGUUUAGGUCCAGGGCAUCAGAGAAGAGACACAUAACAUGUCUAGCCUGUUUACCAGAGAUAUUUUAGGAACAUAGAAAUUUGGAUGUUCAUUUUUCAAAAACAUUCUAGACUCUAUGAUAGCUGCUACUUCUAUGGAACAGCCAGUUGAUAAAAGUAUGAGCUGUAUGGAGGAAAUCUGAUAUGUUGACUCUCUUCUGACUUUCUUCCUGGUAAAUAUUUAACAAGUUUGAUUCAAGGUAUCACGGCUAUGGGAAAUGGGCAAAAAAUGAGUUAGUUUUCUCAAACUAGAAUCUACUAGCUAGAAACUUGCUUCCACAAUGAUUCUGAAAUAUCAUGUGCACAAUGGGAAACCAAUAGAAGAAGAGGAUCUGCAGUCGCCUUUCCAUCCAUCCACCCAUUUAAAGAACCAUGCUCGUUGUAUAUUCAUAGCAUCCCGAGGGACAGAUCCUUGAUGAGUAUCACUGAUGUUCGUUGUUUGGUGAUUCACCGAUGGAUAUCACAGCAACUUCUUCACUUGUAACUCUCUCUCUCUCUCUCUCUCUCUCUGCAUGUGGAAAGAAAAGCUGUUAUUUCAAGAAACCUAACAAGAGCUAUAUGUAGGCUAUGUUAUGUAUCCUUCAUUCUCUGAGGGGCACCUAUGAUACGUCAUACUCAUACAAGAUGCGCUCUCCUUCUUUCAUCUUUCUGUUCGACAAAUUUUCCUAAAAACGCAAAUACGGUGUUUUUCACUUGAUCUUGAGCUGGAAACAAAGCGCGCAGUUUAGAACCAUGUUUGGAGUUUGAUGUGUCUCCUUUCUCGUUUCUGAUUUGCUCAAACUCAACUGCCACCAAUCAAACCCGCGCCUUACAAUUUCAUCAUGUCUGGCCGGAACAUGAUCUCCUCCAGCUCUAUGUGCCUAGUUUUCUGGCUAACCAAUGCUGAAGUCCCAAACUGCUAUUAUUGUGGCCCAUGCUGGGGUUCAGUACGACUUUACAACUAGCUAAAACAUGGGUUUGCCCUAGCCAGAGGCUAGUUUUUACAGGAAUGAGAGUGGCUCUGUGGCACUAACUAAAACUCGGAUGAGGUCGACAUUUCUGGAUUGGCUAAUGUACCUAGGCUGUGAUAUUUCAUAACUUGGCUGUGCUUUUAUCUCUACAUUGGCUUGAUCAUUGAGCAUGCUCUCUAUAUAUCCAAUGAAAAUCUAGAUGCACUGAAUUUCAUACAAUCACUAGUUUACCUAAAUCUCUGUUGAUCUUUGCGUGAUAUUUACAAGAUUAGUGCUGAUUUUGUGUUUUAUACUUUAUAUCCUUAACGUGUAUUCUCAGAACGGAUCUAUACGACAUAGAAAGCAAGCGAUAG